CUGGCGGUAAUUUGGAGAGAUGGCCUUGACCCUAAAGUCUAAUUGUAGAGUCUUCAUCUUUGAAAUGUGAUCAAAAAGUGUCUCAAGUCCAACCACCAAAAGGAUUAGACUCCAUUCCAUUCAUGUAAAAAAUAAUGUUGAAUCGAUAUAACAAAAAGUGCUUUGGUUACUUAAACAAUCAAGUGCCAAAAUCACCGCCUCAAAGAACAAUAUAUAUGACAAGAAAUCGAUCUCUUCCUUUUGUACACCAUUCAAAGCCUAAUUUUAUGCCUAUCAGACGGAUAAAAUCAACAGGGGAUCAAAUAACUGUCGAUGCGUAUUCAGAUGUCAAUCCAGGCGUUGUACACCCUAGUAUGGAAGAAGUAUUGACCGAGUAUAUAAUUGAUACACUUGUGGACUGUUUCAAAUAUCAAAGCCUUAGCACUCGUCAGUCACCUGUUGUUGAACACAAUUCAAUUCAAUCACAUAAAGUGUGUAAUACAAAUAUAAAAAAACUACCUAAAAUGCAAUUGAAUGAUAGUAAGAGGAAACAUUCUGAGUUCCCCCGAGGUAAACCUGACCGCCUUGAUUCAAAUAUCUGUACAUAUCAAUCUUUAUCUGAGUCAAAAAAUUUCUCAGAGAAAAAUCAUCAUCAUAAAACAGGUUUCGUAACAGCUAAUCGGAUGAGAACUUUAUGUAGUGAAAAAAUCAGAAGUACCAAACAUCCAAUAUCUAAUUUAGAAAAAAAUCGUUAUAAUAAAGUUAGUAACGAUAUACAUUCUGUACGUUUUUGUAGUCCAAAAUCAGAGAAUAAAUUGACGAGCUCCAACAUACCGUUAUCACCAGUAUAUGCUGUUCCUGAUAAUAUUGACGAAACUGUGCAUUAUCGUAAAUACUCGAAAGUUACAUCUCAGGAUAUCUCCACUCAACAACAACAACGACGAUGCGAUGUUUCUAAACCUCUAAGUACUUCCACCACCUACCGAAUGAAGAAGAAGAAGGGUAGUCAGUCUGUUACUAGUCGAUUGUCACAUAUGCCGGUGACAAAUUUAACUUCCUCCUUGUUAACAUCAAAUCAAUCAGUUGAUAAUGGUACUGCUGUUUAAACUUAUCCUCUAUUUAUAUACCUACUUUGACAGAUUCAUUCAAGGAAGUAAGCAAUUAGGCGUGUUUCUCCUCGGAUUUCCAAACAUCACAUUGUAUAGUGGUUGGUUAAGUAAAGGACAAACAAAAUCUAUUCACCUAACGGUUUUCUAUGCCAUCUUGUGGAUACACAGAACACACAAUACUGAUGAUGUUAAAAACGAGGCAUACCAACAAAUCUCAAUUUCUCCUGAAGAGUUCGUCGACUAUAUAUUGCUGAGGCUGGCUGUUGGGAUCCAUAUUAAGAAGCCUAAUUUAUGUGUCCAAAAAAAGUUAGUUCAGACAUUGUCCUUACCCCAUUGGCCAUCUAGGUUCGAAUGAUCCUGAAUUUUUGUGGAAUUUUCCUAAUUUUAGUUGAUAUUCUAUUUACUAUUAUAUUUUUAUUAUUAUAAUUUAACCAUCUUUAAUGAACUGUAAUUCCAUCGAUCUUACUUAACAAAUCGAUAUUAUUUAAAAAGCACUAGUGUUGUUAUUGACUACUAUUGUAGAACAUCCUAUAUUUAUAAGCAUGUAGAUAUAAUUGUAGAGCCAGAAGAGAAAAUUAUCGAAAGGGGGGAUAUUCUUUGCUCAAUUAUUUCGUGUUUUAUAGAUGUCUGGUCUUCUUUUUUUUUAAAGUUUUAUUGCUUUCAACAGUCUGCCACUAUUUACUAGCUGAACCAGUAGUGUUUUAGUGAUAACCGAAUGGUGUUUUUUCUCCUUUUGGUCAGGUUAUUAGUAAAAUAUAUAUUUUCCUAUUUUGUUUUAAAGAUUAUUUUUAUAUUUGACUAGUUGUUAUUGUAUCAUGUUCAAACUGUGAUAUAUAUCUAUAUCUAUAACUUGUGUAUCUCUUAACCUACAAUUUGAAUAGUACUCAAUUUUAUUUUAUUUUUUUAAGAUUAUAUUUAUGAUUUUUAAGAGAAUGUUAUGUAAAUAACUAUAAAACGUUGUUGAUAAAUA